AUGACUAAAGCCGUCGAGUGGGAUCGUUUGCCCGACGAGCUCGUCGAUUUAAUAGCCAACCAUCUCUUCUCCGACGUCGAGCUUCUCCGACUACGUACCAUCUGUCGAUACUGGCGUUCUGCCGUCGUCCUCGUCCCCAAGAAGCGUUUCCCCAAUCGCCACGACCGCAACCGUAAACGCAUCCUCUCCACUCACGGUGGAAAACCGUGUUUACUCUCUCCGACAGCUUUCUUCCGUGUGGUUCGGUCGUCAUGUCCGUCGAAAGGAUGGCUUAUCAAAACACUAGAUCUGUCCGAAUCCGAAUCCCGUAAAAGACUUCUACGCCCUCUCUCUCGUGACCUCAUCAAGCCUUCAGCUCAAACCCUAGAUCUUCUGGGGUAUACGGUCUCAGAGCUUCAUCAAUCCUACGACGUGCAAUACGUGGAGAACUCGAUUAGAGUAUCGGCUAAAUUCGCUAGGGUUGUUCUCGUAGACGAUCUGGUUUUCGCAGUGGAUGGCGAAAAGAAAAUCUGGUGGUGCAAUAGUAAAGAAAGUAGUAAAGAAGAUGCUGCUUGGACAAGAAUUAGAGAUGAAGAAGUUGAAAUUUUCGCGGACAUUAUAGUCAACAAAGGUCAAAUCUAUGCCUUAGACUUAAAAGGAGCGGUUUGGUGGAUCAGCAAAUCUGAGCUCAACAUAUUUCAGUACGGUCCUUCGACUCCACUUGAUGACUACUACGUCAGAUACAAUUGCAAAGACAAGAGGCUCGUGGAGUAUUGUGGAGAUAUUUGCGUUGUUCAUCGUUUCUGUCAGAAAUCUUGCGUAAGGAGAGUGACCAUCGAGAGGACCGUUGGUUUUAAGGUUUAUAAGAUGAACGAGGAGUCGGUUGAGUGGGUUGAGGUUAAGUCUUUGGGAGAUAGAGCUUUUGUGAUGGCUAAGGAUAGUUGUUUCUCUGUCUUGGCGAGUGAGUAUUAUGGAUGUUUGGAGAAUUCGGUAUAUUUUACAGAUGAGGAAGAGGAAGACAAUGUGAAGGUGUUUAAGCUUGGUGAUGGAAGUGUUACUAAGAUGGUCAAAUCUUCUUCUCAGAGCUGUUUUCGUUUCGUUUCUCCUCCUUUCCUUUGA